CUAGACACGUGACCACGAGUCGACCCAAUGAGAUAACGAAAAUGUAGUAAUGGUAAAUGCCUCAUUUCUGUGGAGAUCAGCAAGUGAAUUAUGAAUAGGAAAUAUUGAAAGGUGUUUGUGGAAGGUGGUCGUGAAGUUUCACUGAUACAAAGUCACCUUCCAGUAUCUGGUUUCUCGUUGGAGGCACUGCAUAUAUUUUAAGUACUUGUAGUUGUCGGUUCUGUUAGAAUGACCAAUUACUUAUUACAAAGCUGGAUUUUGAUACUUGCUGGACUUUCUGUCAAAGCCAUUACCACUGUGAAAUACAUGAGUAACUUCUGUAACACGAAACAUAGGAUCUUUAUCAAUGACAGUAUUGUCUUCAAAUUAACCAACCAGCUUCUGACGGACCAAUCCGAGACACAGCUACACUGCACAUCGGAGCUCUACACGGAGUCCAGCAGACGGCUGUUGAUACACUUUGUGUCGCUAAGCAUCAGCAUUGAAAAUGACAUGCCAGAUAACUUGCAUAUAUACGACUUCGAUUCAAAUGGAAAAUCCCAGAUGGUAACUCCAGUUAGUGGGCUCUUUGGUGUCUACGACAAAUUCUACAAACGAGCCAGCAUUGGGGUUGGGGACUAUAUUUCUACAGGGAAUCACUUCCGGUUGACAUAUGUUGGAUCUCCAACACUCACCUUCAGAGGAUUUGACAUACUGAUCACGUCGUUUAAAGACGUCAGUAGGGACGGUUCCUGUCCUCGUCUGUUCGGGAAGUGCACGGGAAAGAACUUAUGUUUACCCUACUCAGUUUGGUGUGACGAGGACGAGAAUUGUGGAGAAGGCGAUGUCAGUGACGAGGAAUCUUGCAACGAAAUCGUCACUGAUGACUGGAAAUAUACUUAUGCUAUCACAAUGGCAGUAGUUACAGCGAUCGUCGCCAUCGUGUUCUUCUUAACAACUAUUGGAAUUGUGCUUUGUCUACUGAGAAAGUACAACCGGAGAAAUUACAUGAGAAACAUGAGCAUCACUGUCAGUGCAAAGAAAGACGGAGGAGACUGGAAAAUAACGAACGACCUCGGACUGACCUUGAGCAUGGCUCCACCACUGUAUGACGACAUUGUUCCACAGGAAGAAAAUGAACCCCCUCCAUCAUACGACACACUUCGAUUCAAGCAAACGGCCAACAUCCAGGAAGAAAGUAUGGUCACAAAUGAAUGUAUAACAGUGGCCUGCAUAGAAACACUGAAUCCGUCAACUGGCUUCAGAGACGAUGUUUUGUGCGAGGAAGUCCUCGGUCCUGGUAAUGUGCCUUGUCGUGAAACUGUCUUCAAUCGUCAAGAAUCACAGAUAAAGAACAAAUGGCGUCCAUUAAAUUCCAGUGACGAUGUGCGAAAUGUUACUUCCUCAGAGUGUCUCUUCAAUUCCGAUUAUAAAAUAAAAAAUACUGCGGGUGUUAAUUCCGAUGAUAGUGAAAUUGAUGAAGAAAACAACAUUGCAAGAACUGCUGAAACGGAAAUAAAUACUUCCAACAAAAUGUGUUCACAAACAUCUUCCCAGUGUAGCAUGGAAACUGGUUUUGCUUCCAUGGAAUCGAACUCUUCGAGAGACAGUGGUAGUGAGAGCUCCCCCCGCCAUGACGGCAAUGAUCAUACCUCUAUGGAGGACCAGGAAGAUGGGAGAUCCCUCCUUGUACGUUAUAAAAAGCACGUCUCCAGAGGGAGCGACAGCGACAUUCAGUUCGUUGAUGAACUGAGUGAAAAUUCCAACAUCAUCAACUGACAAAAAUUUGAAAUUGCUUUUUAAAAUGGAUCAACUUCAUGAGGAUUUAAAUAAUGGAUUCAAUAUUAUGUUACCUUAAAGUGUACUUUCAUAUCUGUAGAUUACAAUUAAUUACAAUUUGCUCAGUAGAAACUUUGUACAUAUAUCUUCAUGAUAUCUUCAUUCACAUUAAACUUGCUAAAUCAAC